AUGUACGAUGGAAAGAAAGACAAAACGAAAGACUAUUCUCUUGGCUUACACGGUGCAGCAAUGAACGGCAAUGUUGGACUUGUCAAGUUUGCUCUUGAUCAUGGCGCACCUAUAGAUUCCGUUGUGAAUGGCUACAUGCCACUUCAGCUAGCUUGCAUCAAUGAAAAUCACAUUGCUGUUGUGCAGUAUCUGAUAGACAGAGGAGCGGAUGUCAAUGCCCAAAGAUGGUCAAGAAAGCACAGUGCAGACAAGUCGCAAGCAGUUGCAGGUGCCACGGGAUCAACCGCUUUACAUGUUGCCUGUGCGAAUGGAUGUACAAAGAUUGUGGACUUGCUGCUUAGAAAUGGAGCCAAGAUCAAUGUCAAGGACAAAUAUGGGUCUCGGCCAGUUGAUGUAGCUGCAGCUAAACAUCACGUGGAGAUAGUUAAGCUACUGGAGACGUUUGGGUCAAUGCAGAUAAUGCUAAAAGGGUUGCAAGAAGGAAAACAUGUUGCAGAAGCAGGCCGUCGAUCGAUGGAUGCAGCUUCAUAUCAACAACAACAGCAGCAGCAGCAGGCCAAAGCAGACAGACUACGACGACCUAGUCUACCCAGUGUAUUCGAGCAUCAAUUGCAUAUACCAGAUAUAUCCACGUUACCACCACCAAGACACAGUUUAAACACACCACGACCAUCUGCCGACGAAUUGCAACAAGAUUACUACAGCUAUGGUGUGGUAAAUCAUUACGAGGAUGAGAAUUAUCUGACCUCAUUGGAAAGAAGAGCGUUUGGUGUGGCUUCUCCCACCACCACACCCAGCGCCUACUUUUCAAAUCAUGAUCUGGAGGAAAAUAAAAUCAUUGGACGUGCUUCUCUUGACUCUGCUCAUAUACGUCCUUGUUUGGAUUCAACCCCUUUAAAGAGAUGCAGCUCAGAUGGUGGUCACUUGCGUACGACUGCCUUGAUGAAUGCGAUGGCUGCCAACAACAUCUCAUUGCAAGACGAUGAGAAUGGCAAUGUGAUUGAAAUAGACGACGAUGCAGAUGAAGAAACACCAAGGCCCUCUCUAGGCGACGAUAGACCCGAUAUAGAACAACUCAAACCAAAGAAAACGUGGUUCAGCAGCGGUAGAAAAUCAGUUGAUAUGUAUCCUAUUGGUAGACCCUCACUGGAAAACAAUCAGCGUAGAAGUAGUCUCGAUUUUAGGCCUAGUUUGGAUAGUUUAUCGCAAUUAGCCAAAAAGAGUAUGGAGGGAUUAUCUCGCAAGAGCAUUGAUAUGGACCAUAUUCCCUCUUCUUCUGCUACAGCAACAGCAACAAGUAGCCGAGGGUUUUUAUCAAAGUGGUGGUCAAAUUCUGAAAGCAAUGCAAAAUAA